AUGGCCAUGGGAGCCAGGGUGGGUGUCCCCUCCCUGAGCACUGCUGAUUCAGCUGCCACAGGCCUGCACAAUGCUGGGUACCCAGAUUCAGACUGCGGGCUCAGGCCAAAGGGCCGUCCAGCCCAGCAGGCUGUUUCGCACAGUGUCCAGGCAGGAAGCAGAGAAGAGGAGGCCGCCGGCUGCUACCCAGCUCCCUGUUUACUCCCAGACCUGGCAGCCAGGGGUGUGCUGCUGCCGUUCACAGAGGCUCCAUUUCGUUACCAUGGCCAAGAGGCAGGGGUGGAGCUGUCUGGGGGGAAUGUGUCUGAUGUCCUUUCCCCGCCACCUAAGCCAGUGGCCGUCACGACCAACGUGGCCGUGCCUCCCAACUGCACUAGACGAAUCACUGGGCUGGUCCAGCAGGGCUUUUAUUCUCUCUUUAUCUGUGGACCCAGAGGGUUCCAAGAGCAGCCCCAGCACCCCCCAGCUCUGGCCAAUGGCUCCCAGCCUCACCCCCCCUUCUUCCUGCUGACCGGCAUCCCAGGCCUGGAGGCCCUGCAUGGCUGGCUGUCCAUCCUCUUUUCUUCCAUGUUCCUGGUGGCCUUCUUGGGCAAUUCUGCGGUGGUUCUGGUGGUGGCCAAGGAGCACAGCCUCCAGGAGCCCAUGUACAUCUUCCUGGCCAUGCUGGCCCUCAACGACAUCGCCCUCUGCUUUGUCAUCGUCCCCAAGAUGCUGGCCAUCUUCUGGUGGGGCGCUGAGUCCAUCUCCUUCCACAGCUGCCUCACACAGAUGUUCUUCGUCCAUGCCUUCUUCCUCUCGGAGUCAGCCAUUUUGCUAGCCAUGGCCUUCGAUCGGUACGUCGCCAUCUGCCAGCCCCUGCGGUACACAGCGAUCCUCACCUGCGCAACCCUGGGGAAGAUUGGGGUCGGCUUAGUGGUCCGGAGCGUCUGUGCAGUGACCCCCGGGGUCUUCCUUCUCAAGAGGCUGCCCUACUGCCGGACCAAUGUGAUUCCUCACACCUACUGCGAGAACAUGGGCAUCGCCAAGCUUGCCUGUGCCGACAUCACAAUCAACAGCGCCUACGGCUUAACGGCCGCCUUCCUCACCACCGGCUUGGAUGCCAUCUUCAUCGUGGUGUCCUACGUCCUCAUCCUCAGGACCGUCUUGAGGCUCCCGUCCCGAGAUGCCCGCCUGAAGGCCUUUGGCACCUGUGGGACUCACGUCUGUGUCUUUGCUGUUUUCUACACACUGGCCUUUUUCUCCUUCUUCACACACCGCUUUGGACCCCACGUCCCCCACCACGUCCACAUACUCCUGGCCAGCCUCUACCUCCUGGUACCACCGGCCCUCAACCCCAUUGUCUAUGGGGUAAAGACCAAAGAGAUCCGAGUGCGAAUCCUUGGCCUGUUUUGUCAGAAGGGUAGAAGCACGGCUUUUGGUUUAUGA